AUUAACAGGUCUACACUUGUUUGAAAACGAGGGACAGAACUUAUGGCAUGACUACGUAUAUCUGCGUAAUACCGAGAUGGCAGGCGAUAGGUGACGGCUGACAAUCCAUUUAUACUUUUCAGCGAGUAGGCUGCUGAAUAAAUUGAAAGCAAAUAGGAAUAGUAAGCAUCAGUACGUCGUUCAUAUUGUCAUAGAAUCAUAAAGAAGUACAGUAUUCACCACCUAAAGACAGUGCGUCUGAAAAUUAUUUGAUCUAACCUACCAAGUUGCAUACUCUGAAACAGGGCCUGUAAGAUGCCAAUCGCUCUUUCAGUGGGAAUGUUACUGUGGGUUGUCACAUCUUGACACGUCGGUGACUGCAUCCCAUCCAUUAAACCAUGCAUAAGUCGAAACGCUUACAGAAUCGCAGCCGCGGUUUGGCACGUAAGUUGACCGUGUAAAUGGACGACAUCUGUGGCAAGCUUUACAAUAUAAAUUACUUGCCUGCCCAUCUCUACCUUUUGUCAUAUGCGACCACAAAAUAACCUAAGUGUAAAAAGAAAACAAACUACCCAGAAAAUUUUAUGAAAUACAAAUUGAGGAAAUUUGAUCGUUUGACUGUUUAAUGAUGUUUCUACUACGUUUACGAAGAUUUGUCACGAGCAAAAAUAUACAAAUAGGAUCGCGAAGUGUGGCUUCAUCAGGUAUUUGUGAUCGAUCAACUAUUUUCAACAGGAGCAAUUUGAGACAUGCACAACACGAUAGACUUUGUAGAGUUCCGAAAAUCAUUUACCCAGGUUAUAGUACAAGUCCAGAUCUAAGCAACGACCAAUUGGACAGUAAUUUAUAUGAAAAGGUAUGUGAUGAAACGUUGGAAUCGCUAACAGAAUUCUUUGAGGAGUUAAUAGAAAAUCAUGAUCAAUUAGCUGCUGGAGAUGUUCAAUACAGUAGUGGAGUGCUCACUGUAAAUUUAGGAAAGUGUGGAACAUAUGUGAUAAAUAGACAAUCUCCAAACAAACAGAUUUGGCUGAGUUCUCCAACUUCUGGUCCAAAAAGGUAUGAUUAUGUUGUAGAAGACGACUAUUGGGUCUAUAAGCAUGAUAAGAAGUCAUUACAUCAGCUGUUAGAAAGUGAAAUAUCUCAAAUUGUGGGUGCAAAAGUGGACUUGUCAAAAUGUGCUCAUGUUAGACUGUGAUUUAAAAUGGAUAAUAAUGUAAAAAAUGUAUGAACCAUAUAUUAUUUUACAAUUAAAAAGUGUGAAACUCA